GACGCAGCCUCAAAAAGAUGAUGCGUAGUACCCGGAUGAAAUUGAAUACAGAGCAUCCUCCGUUUCAAGGCAUCCUUUUGAUAUACAGAAUUAGAAAUGGGGCGCAGAAAGUCGAAGAGAAAGCCUCCUCCAAAGAAGAAAAUGACCGGGAACCUGGACGUCCAGUUCACCUGCCCCUUCUGUAACCACGAGAAAUCCUGCGAUGUCAAAAUGGAACGAACACGAAACACAGGAAUCAUAUCCUGCAGCGUUUGCUUGGAGGAGUUCCAGACUCCGAUAACCUAUCUGUCCGAAGCGGUGGACGUUUACAGUGAUUGGAUCGACGCUUGUGAAGCAGCCAAUCAAUAGUCACCUUUUCCUUUUUAACCCCACCUUCUCUCUUACAUUCCAUCCCUGUGAUUGGUUCAUUAAUUAGCUUAGCACAAUGUAGCACAAUCAAACAAUUGAAGCAUUAUUUUCUGUGCUGAGUUUUUCCCAAUGUUGCUACAGUGUGAGCGUCACACGCCCCCCUGGCUGGGACAGAGGGGCGCCAUGUUGUUUUAUCACAGUGUUAACGUUUCCACACGUCAGUGAUCAGAUUAUGACAUUUGUUGUGCGUUUUUUAACGAUCAGAUCGGGAUUUCUUUGUUGUUUUGGACUAAAAAUGUAUGUUUUAAAUGUAAAUAACUGAAAUUCACACCAGCGUAAAACAUUCCACGUCUCUAUUUGUAUUAUGUGCGUUCCUUUGUCUUUUAGUUGUUGUAAUAAGUAUUUGUGAAAUUAGUUUUUUAGUUUUCAACCCCGUCUGUAUUCAUGCACUAAUUUCAGUUUUUUUUAAAUGCCAAUCUUUUGUGUGUAGAACAUUAUAUCAAAUUGUACUAAUUUGUAUUAUUAUUUCCCUUGUUAUAAAAUCACAAUCAUGUACUUUAUAUUACCUUCUGUGUAUUUCACACCUGUGUAUUUUUUAGGUAAUGACAAGAAUGAAGAAAAAUGUCAUCAAA